UUGUGGAUGACAACAGGUUGUUGGCUCUCUCUUUCACUUGUGUUUUCUAGAAGUGUACGCUCAGGCCAUCUUGCGGCAGUCACAGCUUUGAGUACAUCCAUUCCCAGUCUGUGAUGCCUAACCAACCGGAAGCGCGGAUUGAUUCCUCCAUGGCCAACAAGGGCGGAUAGAAAAAAGGAAGAAAUCAGACGAGUCCUUAUUAAAUAAUAAGCCAUUAAGCAUCGACCGGAAUUUGUCAAUAGGAAGAGGAAAGCGUUCUAAUCUUAAACUGAGUGAUUCUCCGCUGGAAGAAGGGAUUAUUCUGAGGAAUAUGGGAUCUACCUCCAGGGUCUUUACCUGCUGGGCACCGUAAUGGUGCUACCUAUCCCAGCUGAGCCCUUCGCUUCCCUCUGAAGGAGCAGGAUGACAAGAUGGCACAGCUGCUUAUACCGCCCGGACCUGACAGCUUCCGCCCCUUCGUCCCCGAGUCGCUGGCCGCCAUUGAAAGGCGCAUCGCCGAGGAGGAGGCCCGGAGACCACGGGUGGAGCGCCGCAGUGACAGCGACGAUGAAAAUGGGCCCAAGCCCAACAGCGAUGUGGAGGCGGGGAAAUCUCUCCCCUUCAUUUAUGGGGACAUCCCCCCCGGCCUGGUCUCCACCCCUCUGGAGGACAUUGACCCCUACUAUAGCAAUCAGAAGACCUUCAUAGUAUUGAAUCGUGGGAAGGCAAUCUUCCGUUUCAAUGCCACUCCUGCUUUGUACAUCCUAAGUCCCUUCAAUCCUCUGAGGAGGAUAGCUAUUAAAGUUUUAGUGCACUCGAUGUUCAGCAUAUUGAUCAUGUUCACGAUCCUGACCAACUGUGCUUUCAUGACCCUCAGUAAUCCCCCGGAUUGGGCCAAGAAUGUAGAGUACACAUUUACGGGGAUUUACACCUUUGAGUCCCUUAUAAAGAUCCUGGCCAGGGGCUUCUGUGUGGGGAAGUUCACUUUCUUGCGAGACCCAUGGAACUGGCUGGACUUCAGUGUUAUCCUCAUGGCAUAUGUCACAGAGUUUGUGGACGUGGGCAAUGUCUCAGCACUGCGAACCUUCAGGGUUCUGCGAGCCCUGAAAACUAUAUCAGUCAUCCCAGGUUUGAAGACCAUUGUUGGUGCACUGAUCCAGUCAGUGAAAAAGCUGUCAGAUGUGAUGAUCCUCACCGUGUUCUGUCUCAGUGUCUUUGCCCUUAUCGGCCUCCAGCUCUUCAUGGGCAACCUGAGGCAGAAGUGCGUGCGCAUUCCUUUGGGCAGCAACACAACUUUGAACAACACACAUGAAAGCAACAACACACUGGUGAAGAACGUCACAUUCCUGGAGAACAUCACAAAAAACUCCCUCGACUGGAUAGAGUACAUCAACGAUGAGAGAAAUUACUAUUACCUCCCUGGCCGUAGGGAUGCUCUGCUCUGUGGAAAUGGCAGUGGUGCUGGGGUCUGCCCAGAGGGCUUUUCAUGUAUAAAAGCAGGUCGCAAUCCAGACUACGGCUACACCAGCUUUGACACCUUCAGCUGGGCCUUCCUUUCCUUGUUCCGCCUCAUGACCCAGGACUACUGGGAAAACCUCUACCAGCAGACUUUGCGUGCAGCAGGGAAGCCCUACAUGAUCUUCUUUGUGCUGGUGAUCUUCCUGGGAUCUUUUUACCUGGUCAACCUGAUCUUGGCUGUGGUAGCCAUGGCUUAUGACGAGCAAAACCAGGCCACCAUCGAGGAGGCCCAGCAGAAAGAGGAGGAGUUCCAGGCUAUGCUGGAGCAGCUGAAGAGACAGCAGGAGGAGGCACAGGUUGCCGCGGCAGCAGCCACAGAGAGCGGCGAAUACAGCGGGAGAGGAGGCCCUACCUCCGAGUCCUCCUCAGGGACAUCUAAGCUCAGCUCGAAAAGCGCCAAAGAGCGACGCAACAGGCGGAAGAAGAGGAAGCAGAGGGAGGAAGAGGAGGAGAGGGGGUGCCGUGACAAGUUCCACAAAUCUGAGUCUGAGGACAGCAUCAAGAGGUCCAGCUUCCGCUUCUCUAUUGAUGCCAACAGGCUUUCUUAUGAGAAGAGAUGCUCUUCACCCAACCAGUCUCUUCUCAGUAUCCGUGGCUCAAUCUUCUCACCUCGGAGGAACAGCCGCGCCAGCCUUUUCAGCUUCCGUGGCCGUGCACGAGACAUGGGCUCCGAGAACGACUUUGCGGAUGAUGAGCACAGCACCUUUGAGGAGAGCGACAGUCGCCGGGGUUCCUUGUUCUUGCCCCGCCGCCUCGAGCGCCGGUGCAGUGCUGUUAGCCAGACCAGCCUCGGAGCACCUCGGAUAAUGCUGCCCGCCAAUGGCAAGAUGCACUGCGCAGUAGACUGCAACGGUGUGGUGUCACUGGUUGGUGGAACUUCUGUAACAACCUCUCCUGUAGGUCUCCUGCUGCCUGAGGGGACAACUACAGAUACUGAGCUUAAGAAACGGCGGUCGGGUUUCCACCAGCCAUCUAUGGAUUAUUUAAAUGAACCAGGUGGCCGACAGAGAGCCAUGAGUGUGGCCAGUAUCCUCACCAACACCAUGGAAGAACUUGAAGAGUCGAGACAAAAAUGCCCUCCUUGCUGGUAUAGAUUUGCCAACACCUGCCUGAUCUGGGAUUGUUGUCCUGCAUGGCUGAAAAUCAAAGAGAUUGUCAGCAUGGUGGUCAUGGAUCCAUUUGUGGAUCUAGCAAUCACAAUUUGCAUAGUCCUCAACACACUUUUCAUGGCCAUGGAGCAUUACCCCAUGACGAAAGAAUUUGAUAAUGUCCUCUCUGUGGGAAACCUGGUGUUUACGGGCAUCUUCACAGCAGAGAUGUGCUUUAAGAUUAUCGCUCUGGAUCCCUACUAUUACUUCCAGGAGGGCUGGAACAUCUUUGAUGGCAUUAUUGUUAGUCUCAGCCUGAUGGAGCUUGGCUUGGCUAACGUUGAAGGGCUGUCUGUACUCAGGUCCUUCAGAUUGCUGAGAGUCUUCAAACUAGCCAAGUCUUGGCCCACUUUGAACAUGCUCAUCAAGAUCAUCGGUAACUCUGUGGGUGCUCUGGGAAAUUUGACUCUGGUGCUGGCCAUCAUCGUGUUCAUCUUCGCUGUGGUGGGCAUGCAGCUGUUUGGCAAAAACUACAAGGAGUGUGUGUGUAAGAUUUCAGAGGACUGCACGUUGCCCCGCUGGCACAUGCACGAUUUCUUCCACUCCUUCCUUAUCGUGUUCCGGGUGCUGUGCGGAGAGUGGAUAGAGACCAUGUGGGACUGCAUGGAGGUGGCAGGACAGACUAUGUGUCUUAUCGUCUUCAUGAUGGUCAUGGUCAUUGGAAACCUGGUGGUUCUAAAUCUCUUCCUGGCUCUCCUACUGAGUUCAUUCAGUGCCGACAACCUGGCAGCAACCGAUGAGGACAGCGAGAUGAACAACCUGCAAAUUGCUGUGGGCAGGAUCCAGCGGGGCAUCGCAUUUGUCAAAAACUCAAUGCGGCAGUUCCUCCAGAGCUUGUGCUUUGGCAGAGGCGGAAAGGGCUCUGGUCUAGCUGAGGAAAGCAAACCCCUGGAUGAACUGCACAGCAAUGGCAAGGGCAACUGCAUUUCCAAUCACACAACAGUGGAAAUCACCAAAGACCCCAGUGGGGUGUACAUGAGGGAGGGCAACGGACGACCAGGAGGGCUGGUGGUUGGGGUCAGUGUAGGAGGGGACAGUACGGGAAAAUACCCAGUUGAGGACUGUGACUACAUGUCAUUUAUUCAUAACCCCAGUCUGACAGUCACGGUGCCUAUUGCUGUGGGCGAGUCAGACUUUGAGAACCUAAACACAGAAGAUUUCAGUAGCGACUCAUCUGACGUGGAGGGCAGCAAAGAGAAGCUCGACGCAGAGCCCCAGCCACUGAGCUCAUCGGAGGGGAGCACAGUCGAUAUCCGCCCCCCCGGAGAUGGGGUUGAUUCAGUGGAGCUGGAACCAGAGGAGUCACUGGACCCAGAAGCCUGCUUUACAGAGGGCUGUGUGCGCAGGUUCCAGUGCUGCCAGAUCAGUGAGGAGGGAGACAAGUUUAAGAGCUGGUGGACACUCAGGAAGACCUGCUUUAUCAUAGUAGAGCACAACUGGUUUGAAUCCUUCAUCAUAUUCAUGAUUCUGCUGAGCAGUGGAGCACUGGCGUUUGAGGACAUUUACAUCGAGCAGCGGCGGACCAUCAAAACCGUGCUAGAGUACGCAGACAAGGUCUUCACUUACGUCUUCAUCCUUGAAAUGCUGUUAAAGUGGGUGGCAUAUGGCUUUGUCAAGUACUUCACCAAUGCCUGGUGCUGGCUGGACUUCUUAAUUGUAGACGUGUCCUUGGUCAGCCUGGUAGCAAAUGCUCUGGGCUACUCUGAGCUUAGCGCCAUCAAAUCUCUGAGGACACUGCGAGCUCUACGGCCCCUGAGGGCCCUGUCUCGGUUUGAGGGCAUGAGGGUUGUGGUGAAUGCAUUGCUGGGAGCCAUCCCCUCCAUCAUGAAUGUGCUGCUGGUCUGCCUCAUAUUUUGGCUCAUCUUCAGCAUCAUGGGUGUCAACCUGUUUGCGGGCAAGUACUACCACUGCGUCAAUGCCACCACGGAUGAGCCCUUCCCUAUCGAAGUCGUCAACAACAAGUCUGACUGCCUGAGCUUGAAUGACAGUGCCCGCUGGAAGAAUGUUAAAAUCAACUUUGACAAUGUGGGAGCCGGCUAUCUGGCUCUGUUGCAAGUGGCAACAUUUAAGGGUUGGAUGGACAUCAUGUAUGCAGCUGUGGACUCUCGUAAUUUGGAAGAACAGCCUGAUUACGAAGUAAACUUGUACAUGUACCUCUAUUUCGUCAUCUUCAUCAUCUUUGGCUCCUUCUUCACACUCAACCUUUUCAUUGGUGUCAUCAUCGACAACUUCAAUCAGCAGAAGAAAAAGUUGGGAGGUCAGGACAUCUUCAUGACUGAAGAGCAGAAGAAAUACUACAACGCCAUGAAGAAGCUGGGGUCCAAGAAGCCGCAGAAACCUAUACCUCGACCAACAAAUGCAUUUCAAGGCUGCGUCUUCGACUUCAUCACAAAGCAGGCCUUUGACAUCGUGAUCAUGAUCCUCAUCUGCCUUAACAUGGUGACCAUGAUGGUAGAGACGGAUGACCAGACGAAAGAGAUGGACCGAAUCCUGUACUGGAUUAAUCUGGUCUUCAUUGUGCUCUUCACUGGGGAGUGUGUGCUCAAGAUGAUUUCACUGCGUCACUAUUACUUCACCAUUGGCUGGAAUAUUUUUGACUUUGUGGUGGUGAUCCUUUCGAUUGUAGGCAUGUUUUUAUCUGAAGUUAUCGAGAAGUACUUUGUGUCCCCAACACUGUUCCGAGUGAUCCGAUUGGCCAGGAUAGGCCGAAUCCUCCGCCUUAUCAAAGGUGCCAAGGGCAUCCGGACGCUUCUCUUUGCCUUGAUGAUGUCACUCCCUGCCCUGUUCAACAUUGGCCUCCUCCUCUUUCUUGUUAUGUUUAUCUAUGCCAUUUUUGGCAUGUCCAACUUUGCUUAUGUCAAGCGGGAGGCAGGAAUCGAUGACAUGUUCAAUUUCGAGACCUUUGGGAACAGUAUGAUCUGUUUGUUUCAGAUUACCACCUCAGCUGGGUGGGAUGGCCUGCUGGCACCCAUACUUAACAAGAGGGAGCCUGACUGUGAGAGCCAGCUGGAGCACCCAGGCAACUCCUACAAAGGCAAUUGCGGCAAUCCAUCAGUAGGCAUCUUCUUCUUUGUCAGCUACAUCAUCAUCUGCUUUCUCAUUGUGGUCAACAUGUACAUUGCUGUCAUCCUGGAAAACUUUAGUGUGGCCACCGAGGAAAGCGCCGAGCCAUUGAGCGAGGAUGACUUUGAGAUGUUCUAUGAAGUGUGGGAGCGCUUUGAUCCUGAUGCUACGCAGUUUGUGGAGUACAGCAAACUCUCUGACUUUGCAGAUGCUCUGGAUCCACCUCUACGCAUACCCAAGCCUAACAUGAUUCAGCUCAUCUCCAUGGACCUGCCCAUGGUGAGCGGUGAGCGCAUCCACUGCCUCGACAUUCUGUUUGCCUUCACUAAAAGAGUUUUGGGUGAAGGCGGUGAAAUGGACAUGUUGCGCGGACAGAUGGAGGACCGCUUUAUGGCCUCCAACCCCUCUAAGGUGUCUUACGAGCCCAUCACCACCACCUUGCGCCGCAAACAGGAGGAAAUGUCUGCCAUAAUCAUCCAGAGAGCCUUCCGGCGCUACAUGAUCCGCCUGGCCAUGAAGAAGGCCUCAGCCCUCUACAAGGAGCAGUUGAAGGAGGGCAUCCACGACCCUGACAAGGAUGUGAUGGUCAUCAGCAAGUUCAAUGAGAACUCCACGUCAGAGAAAAUGGACAUGACCCCCUCCACAGCCUCCCCGCCAUCAUAUAACAGUGUGACAAAGUCAGAUAAGGACAAAUACGAAAAAGAAAAUAGGGAAAGAGAAAAUAAAGCAAAAGACUUGAAAGACCGAAAGAAAUAGACUUCUUAAAAAGGAACAAAAAAAGAAUGCAUUGGAGACAUGAGGGAACUUUGUUUAAAGCUUAUAUAUAUAUAUAGGGGAUAUAUAGAUUCACAUUUGUGUUGAUUGUUCCAACAUGAGGAGUCUGUGCCACGUAGGCAUCGAAUGGGAAUGUGGUUAUGUCAAUAUAUGGGGGAAUACGAAAACAAACUAUCCAGCAGACACUGCCAGAGUUUGAGUGGGAAACAGAACAGCCUCUCUGCAAAAUGCUUGUGAUUUUCCUAUUGGUUGUUGUUACUGACACACUUGAGUGUACUGUUAAGUUUUCUGUAGCUAGUGCUGCUGCUACUACUAUAAAUCCAGUGUCUUGAAUUUAACAAUCGCUGUAUCACUUAACAAUUACUCCACAUUCUUCUGUGAAUUUUCCUUUUUGAGUUGCAAGGUUUCGUUUUUUAAUGCGAAAGAAUGUUUUCUACUUUGUUUUGUUUCAUUAUCGUGAGAAUGUGUCCACUGCUUUCAAUGUUGUAAAAUCACCAAGGGCAGACUAAGUCAAUGCUGGAAAAUACAACAACCACCUGAAACUCGUACAGUGCAGGGUCAAUGCCAGAAUGCUCUUGGUUCAUACAGUAUACAAAGCUGAAAUAACGAACACGCCACUUAAGUGCAAUGAACAAAUGCAUUGCAUUCACUGAUGUACUAUGACUGAUUGUUGAAAUCUGUAUUGUACUUGUUUCAGUAGAAAUUGCGUCUCCAAAUACAGAGAAGCUGAAUGUAUGCAAGCAAAGGAAUGAGACGAAUUAAAGGAAACUUGUUCUUUGGGAAACACUCUUGAUCGCUCUUUUAUAGAGAGUUUGAUGACAAAAUUGCUACCACUCCCAUUUCUGUCUGUUUAGUAUCAAGCUAAAGGAUUGUUAGCUGAACUGAGCAUGAAGGUCAGACUCGGGCUACACAAAUUCACUUAUGGAAUUGAUAAAGUCUUUAUUGGUAAAUUUAACUAUAGUCCCAUCAAGCCAGAGCACAGCCACUGCAAAAAGGUUCCAGAUGAUGAUGCAGACACCAUCAGUUAUUCUCACUCAUGAGGUUAUGACUGCUGUGGUUUAAACAAGUGUGCCUGUCUAGUUUGUGCUAAUCGGCAUUUUGGGUACAACUGUAUUCGAGGUGGUGUGCAUUAGUCUUGGAUUGGCGCUGUAAUAAUAAUGAAAUGACACUGGUUGGGAACACAGAAAAUUAUUUGUUUUAUUUGGUCGUAUAUUAUUUUAAUGCAACAUUAACAUUGUUUUAGGUGUCUUUUGUCCAAGACAUUGGAUUACUAGGGUUUAAUGGGCAGUCCAGUUCCUUGACCUCCAGUUUACCACUGGAAGUCAAGGAAAUAUAUUGACACAAUUAUGAAUGGUUACACAGCUGCCAAUGCCAAACCCAAUCAAAUAUGACAGUUUAUGUUAGCACAUAAAGCUAAUUAGCUUUUUUUUAACCCCCUUUUUUUAUGACGAAUACUAUAAUAUAGUUUUUAUAAUGGUUCAUGUUGGAUAAUGUUAAAGGCUUCUGGUAUAAUGUCAGUGUCAGGUUAGGAUUAAAAAUAUUCUAAAUGACUACAGUUGAAACCAUCCAUACCCUCGUGUUCACGAUGGGUGUCAUCUUAGUUUUGUGCAAACCUCUUCAUAUAAAGUGUUACUGGGCAUUGAUGACCUCCCUGAUUAGUCUUCAUGCUAAGUUAAGCACAGUUCAUUAGUUUUUGUUUUUACCUCUCCAUAACAUGACUUUAUUAGUAAAUGAUAAAGUUAAGUCCUGGUUUUAUCCCUUUUCCUUGAUUCUCUACACCUGUUAGUUCCUAUCUGCACACCUAUUCCUACUUACACGUUGAGAUGCUGGUUCAACCCCAUAUGUCGUUUCACUAGCUGGGCCCACAUCCUCAUUUUAGGUUUGGCAGCGUUUUUAGUAGGUAAAGGCGAAUGGCUUAAUUAAGAAUUGAGCUGCGGUUUGGGGAAGGCCUAGAUGGGGACUGGCGGCAGCUCCCAGGCCCCAUGAUCCCCAUGUGAAGAAGUGAAAGAAUUGGAAAAAAGGGUGGGGCACAAAAACGAGAAGGAACAGCUUGUAGAACUGGGGAGUCAUAAAUAGAUAAGACCCGAAAGGGGCGCGUUUGGAGGCGUGGUCCCGCUCCUGAAAUUCUGAUAAUUUAUCUCCAAAAUGCUAAUGUAGAGACUCGGGUUUGAAUCUGCCCCAGGCCAUUUGCUCCGCCUCUUCCUCUGCUCUCUUAUGGUCUGCACUGGCCUUCCAUAAUAAAGACUACAAAUCCCCCUAACAACCUUCCAUGGUUUAAAUAAGCUAAUUAGCUUCAAGCGUUACAUUUGGCUAAUGUACAGAUAUAAGAGUGGUAAUAAUCUUCUCACUGGCUCUGGCAGUGAAGCAAAUAAGCACAUUUCCCAAAACAUGUCUUUGAGAAUAACACUCAAACCUGCUCGUUCACCCACUGUCUCACAGCGCAGUGUCUUUCCAAUACGUUUGUCGUCCUCCCUUUAUCCUCCUUCCCACUUCCUCCCAGAACUCCUUACAUAAUGAAAUAUUCUGAAAAGAUCUUUCUAACUGCUGUCAAGCUAGAACAUUACAAUAUAUCACAUUAAGGGUUGGAUAUAAUAUCACAGAUGUUUGUAUGCCAUUCAUGUUUAAAUGAGCGUGUGAUUUAAUGUAGUGGUUUGGUUUGUAAAUAUUAUAGAUAUUUGGGCUCACAGUAUGCAUCACACAUUUGAUGUAUAAGAUGAAGCACUUUUUAUCCCCACUGCUAUGUAAUACCACGUGUGACGGUCACAUUUGUGUGUGCGAGACAAAGGGCGAGUGUGUCUGUAUAUUUGUAUGUGUAUAUCUAUGUAAGAAAGGGACUGCGUGAAUGUAGGCAUCUAUCUCUUUAUGUGAGCGAGUGUGUCUGUGUGCAUUAGGGUCUGCAGGUUGCUUAUAUUCUAUCGAUUAUAAAUAACAUUUUCACUGUAGAUAUGAGUGCAUUUUUCCAGUCUUUGAUGUUGACUUACAUUUUUCUAGAAGAGUUUUUUUUUUCAUUUUGCACUGUAACCUUUGACAAUAUAAAAGAUGGACGUAACUACUGUGACAUCAACUCAACUGUUUCCAAAGUUGUGAUUUCAAGCUUUGAGAUGAACGUUUUCACUGUUGCAGUCUUGGUUGCAAGAAAUUGGAUGUGAUGACAAAGGGGUGGGUCUGACUGUGAAACUGCUUGCUCAUUGGCUACUGACUUUUGACAAUUUAACCGAUGAGGUUUUUUGGAACAAGGUAUGAGCAAGUUUUGCAAAUUAAUUCAUUUUUAUUUACCCAAAUCGAGCGACUAAGAUAAUGAACUCAGCGGCAAAGUGUUUACAGAGCUCAAGAAAGAGCCCCUUCAUAGGACAGGAAGUGUUUUUUGCAACCACAGCUAUCAUCAUCUGGUGGCCUUCAGAUAGAAUGCAGGUUUUUAGGCACUUCCACAUUGGCUUCGUUUUUUCUGACCAGGAAGCUAUGUCCAUCUUUUUUAUUGUCUAUGACUGUAACACAUGAUGAAACACAUGUAUGGUCCCCAUAUCUGUAGAUACAAACCAUGAAGCAAUCAGUAGCCAUCUUUCAUUGCGCUUGUAGUGUUUUAGUGAACUGCAUGCAAGAAGUGACUACUGUCCGCUCAUAUGGUAAUAUAAUUUCAAGGCCAAAAGAAUAAAGGACAUAUUUUUUGUAAAUGCUUGUUCAUUUUCUCCACUUCAUUCCUUGCCUUUUCUUUCAGGGUCUAAAAGUUUGUUCAUUUGUGUGUGACAUCAGCUCUUUGAUCUGUGAUCUGAACCUGAAGUAUGAUUGCUUUACAGGUUAAUAGGAUCAUUCAUGUGAUUCAAGUACAUGUUACACCUGACUGUAUCGAUUUGCAAAAUGUGACAAGUGACUUUUUUUUGUUAUAACCAAAGAUGUGGCAACUAAAAAAGUA